AUGUUUUCGCUGCUACUCCUAGCAGUGUCUCUAGUACACUCAUGUAUAGGGGGCGUGUACCCAGGGACCGUCUCUACCUCGGAGGCCCACGGCCCUCUGGCUCGACUGGCCCUGGACUCCAUGACGAGGGGAGGACAGCUGCAGUACUAUGCUCCUGGAGCCGUUGCAGCAACUGUUCCUUUCGCCCAACUACGAUACGGCGCUCCUGCUCCAGUAGUGGCACCUAUUCCUGUAGCCCCUCCUGCAAGAUUUGCAGCUCCGGUUGACGUUGUACACCACGUUCCUACCGUCGCUGAUGUUCCCGUCACAAAGUACGUCACUCAACCAGGCUACGUCCAGAAGCUGGUUGACGUCACCAAAACCAAAGUUGCAACAGCUAAACUCCAGGUGAGACGCCCCGCGAUUCAGAAGCAGUUCUACGACAUUGAAGAGCGCACUGUGGUUCGUCCUGUUGGAUCUGCUGUGUUGGAGUUGGAUGAACCUGUGUCGAAGAAUUACGUCUCGCCAGUAACAGUCGUGCCGUCUGGCCAACACACUGUGGCAAGGUACCAACGACCACUUGCUUACUAUCCUGUUAACGCGUACCCAUUCCUGUCUUCUUACCCGUUUCAAGCACCAGUGCAGAGCUAUCCGUUCUUUAUCCAACAGACCCAAGGAAUAACUCAGCUUCCACAAGGACCUCCUCAAAACAUUCCUCAACGUCCUCAAAUUCCGCAACAGCCUCAGUUUCCUGCACAACAACCUCAAAUUCCUCAACAGCCUCAGUUUCCUGCACAACAACCUCAAAUUCCUCAACAACCUCAGUUUCCAGCACAGCAACCUCAAAUUCCUCAACAGCCUCAGUUUCCUGCACAACAACCUCAACAGCCUCAGUUUCCUGCACAACAACCUCAGUUCCCACAAUCCCCUCAACCACCUCAACAACUACCUUCUGCUCCGCAACCGAUUGGCCCUCCCAAUAGUCAAGAGUCAAGCGAAUUCGACUUCUCUGAUACUGUUGUUGUAGACAACCCAGAACUGGGUAGAUCGGGAGCUAGGGAUGAGCAGCAGCAAGACAAUUCUUCACAAAAUACCGAGGACGCUAACGAAAGGCGAACGGGUACGGAGAACACUGCACGACCUGAAACCCAAUUCGACACGUCGUCAGGUCAACAAAUCUUGAAUGAAUUUCAAACUCGUCAGUUAUUGAGGCAGUUUUUCUCUCAGAACGACCUUGUGCCUAACCAAAGGAUACAACAAAUACCACAACCCUCUCAGCAACCACAACCUAAAACAACUUCAAACAUAGAAAGCUCCAAUUCCCUAGAGGACAACAAAUCAAGAUCUCAGGAAAGUUCUCAAGCCACCCAGGAAUCGUCAACAGAGUCAUCAACAACGUCAUUCAGAUCCCAAAAUCUUCAAAGUGAGCCAAGAGCGUUCUCUGCUGAAGGUCAGAUUGCUUCUACUAGAGCUUCAAGUCCUGAAGAAGCCCAGAGUAAUCAACAGAAACUCAUUGAACUUUUGACUGGAAGAGGAGAGGUUUCGGAAGUUGAGUUGUCUCGGUCCGGAGUGAGGAUUUCUUCCGUUGGUGACGCGGGUGUGGUGAGGGGGAGGGUGUUGUCGGUCACCCCAGCUCCCAGGACCGCCGAAGGAGAAGAGCGAGUGUCUACUAGGAGGGUCGUGGUCAGCCGACCGGUGCAGACUCUAGAAGAGGUGGAUGUCCAGCAGCCCUUCGCACAUGUUGAGAGAGUCGCUGUACAUGAGCCUGCACUGCUGAAGACGGCUCAUACUCAUCUGACCAGAGUGCCUGCUGCUGUACCAGUCCUUAGGACUUUGGCUCCCGUUCACUAUUAUUAGUAUAUUGUAAACUAUUUAUUUUAAGACAUGAGUUUUUAAUCUUGCAAAACCACUUGUGGCAGGACUGAGUUUAAUAUUGUCUAAAACUAAUACUUCAAGAUUGAAUUUGUAAUAUUAUUUGACUUAAUAAUUAAAAAGGCUGACUUUAUGUAGUAGUUUUCUACCCUUUAAAUCAUACAUUAAACAUUGAAUUGUAGGUGUACAAUAUUUAUAUAUUCUGUAUACGAAUAUGGCACUAAAUUUUUACCUUAAACUUAAGAGUUACUUGGAGAGUCUUCCUAAAAAUGUUACCAUAAAACCAUACCCACAUUUUCAUUAGUAUCAUGGUAUCAUCUAGUUAAUUCAUGUAUUAUCAUUAUCCCUAUCCAUAUGCUUACUUUGUAAAUUAUACGAUAUUCUCUUGUCA